UGACGAAUACAGCAUGAUUUAUCAGAGCCCAGCUGCCAAGCUUAUCCAAUUAAUACCUUCAUUACCCAUUCGGACAGCUGAUACUGUAAAGUCAGUCAGGAACAAACAUUACGCCUACUGCUUGCUCUCCGAUUGAGCGGAGGCGUGAACGUUUCCAAAAUGUCAGCGAUUCGCGUGCGCUUGAGUUUUGAGAAUUAUUCUUCACUUUUCGGCACUCCCAGCCCCUCUUGCUGGUUUUUGAUAGAUACAGAAAGUAACACCACAAUCAGUGAUUUAGAAAAUAGCAUCAAGUCACGAUUUAACAUCAACCAGCAGUUAGAUAUUGGGUUGACAUUGGACAAAUUCCUGCUUCCAUCACACGAAAAAAUCCUCAUCUUGAGAGAUAAUGAUUCUGUCAGAGUGAAAAUCCAUGCUGUUGUCUGUGAACCACCCUUUGAUGCCAGCUCUGGAGCUGUACAGAGCAACACUAGUGGUACUCCAGAUAACAGAGAGAGGCUGUGCCAACAGACACAAGUAGUUGUUUCACCUCAUUCUAUUUCAUCCAGGGAAACCAGAUGUUAUGGCUCAGUUGAGAAACAAAAGAAAAAGAAAAAAAAUAAGAAAGAACUGAAUGUGCGGGACAUUAAAGAAGGCAGUAAUGUAGAUGAACCUCUGAUCAAAAAAGGAUCAUCAAAAUCAAAAGUUGACACUAAAAAGUUAAAAGCAAACAAAGAAACUAGAAAGAGGAAGCGUUGUUCCUCUGAAGAAAACCCUGGAAAGAAGGUUAAGAAAUGUCAAAAUGCCAGUCCAAAACUAGCCAUAUCUGAAUCUGUGCCUAAGGUUCAUUCUAAGUUUAAGAAGGAACUUGUGAUUUCCUCCUCAGAAUCUAGUUCUGAAGAGGAAGUUGUUCCGAUAACAAAGUCAAAAAGUGUGAACAUUACACGAGGUACAACUAAGACUGUAUCCAAGGUUGUAACAACACCAAAGACUUUAUCCAAAACUACAGAAACCAGCUCAUCAUCAUGCUCUUCUUCUGUCGAAGAGGAAGUGGAAAGACAAGGACUUGGGUUCAAAGGGAAGUUUAAAGGAAAGAAUUCUGUCGCCAGUGAUGAUUCGGAGGCAGAACGAAAAGCUGCAGCAAAUGCUGAGGCUGAGCGCCAACUGGAGGAGCUGUUGUCUCGUGUUGAUGCUAAGACAAAAGCUCGGCGUCGAAGAAGGAAACGAGACAACCAGAAAAGGAGGAGGAGGAGUAAAAUAGAUAAUCCUGAUCAUGUUAAUGCUGUAAAUGAGAUUCAUGCCUCUGAGUCAUUGAGAGAACCGGGACGUGCACAUGUCCCCAAUUCCAGUCUACCUGACAAUGGUUCACUACAUGUAUCGGAGAACUAUUACAAUGGUGCCGAAAUGGUAGCAAAUGGUGAGGUGGGGGCAACUUGUAAGGCAGCUACUUUGGAUGUUGUCAAUGGACUUGAGGACCAUAAUAUUGUUGGCAGCUCCCCUCGGAAUGAACCUGGUCUUAAUGGUAAAAAUGGCAAGGACUGCAAGAGAGACAAUAAUGUUAAAAAGAAUCGGUACCAUGAGAAGACGAAAGAGGAGCAGCUCAACUCGUCAUACACUAACUGUUCGUAUGUUUAUGAGUAUCCAGCUCAUGAAGACAUGCAAGAGGAAGAGCCUGAACUCAAACUAGAAUCAGAACCUAAAGAUUACUCAGGAUUUCCACUGUCGGAAGGUCUGCCCAAGCAAGGGGAUAAAAUUGCUUACAAGGUCCUCGAAUUAUCAGAGACAUACACUCCAGAAGUCUCUUCCUACAAAGAAUGUGAAAUCUUAGUGGCAGAUGCAGUUACUAGGACAUUGGUUGUCAAAUUGAUCCUACAGCCAAAAGUUAAGAAUGUUGGCAAGUUUGAUAUCAUUGAUGAGGACUACGACACCACUGGGCCAAGCUCAGAUGAGAUGAUGUCCCUGGCUUGGAGUUCUUUGAUUGAACCAAGGUUGAUCUCAUAACUUCAACUUUGCUGGAAUGCCCAAGCUCAUCUCAAAGGGUUGCCACGUGUGUUCAGAAAAAGCGACAUUUUGGGCAGAUGAUACAUGUAUGCUUUGUGUUUCUUGUUCUUUGACCGUUUCCUAGUGAAUCAUUUUGAUAGUACAUGUACGUAGUACGGAUUCAUCAGACCUUUGCAAACUUAGUUUAGGGAAUCCAAUCAGGAGACUUCACAUUGCCCAGUGUGGCAAUAUUCAAUGUAACAGAUUGGUAUUGUUUUCAUGAACUUUCCGUUGACACAUCUGACAUUUGAUUUGGGGCAGAUUCCAGUCUAAGUAUCACUGCCAUUCACCCUGUCCAAUAGAAAUGAACAGCAGCAUCAUUACCAGUCAUGGCUGAAAAUUAUCCGUCGAAGACAGAUUAUUUGAUCACUGUAUAACAAACAAGGUGAUU